AUGUCUCUGCCCAGUGAGGAAUUGGCAGAUUGGCACACACGCACACACCGGACACGCUUCCAGACUCAUUCGCACAGCUCACGCAACCAAGUGAACGGUCAAGGAGGUGGUCUUGGUGGUGCACUGGGUUGUGACCGUCGCACCAGCUUCGGGCGGCUAGGCUCUUGCCGUAAUGUGCCCCCGAGGUUCACCCCGAACGGAACCGGGGCCGCAUUCUGCGGAGCAAUUAGAACUAGACCAGGUCUAGGUCUGCUUGCUGUUGUUGUACUGUGGUACGAAUACCUCCCCGGAGAUUUUAGCGAUUGGAUUGUGUUAGCUUGUAGUAGGUACGGUACGUUACUGUAUGGUAGCUUCAAGGUAAGUGGGAGGAAGGUAAGGUACGGCAAGGGACGCAAUGCUACAUACUUUGGUCUAGACUAUGCUGGACAGGGAUACAAGACUGAGGAAGAAAAGAAGGGGAAAUGGAAGCGAACGAGACGAAACUUGAAAGGAGAAUGA